CACCCUCUUCUCUACCACACGUUUAUAAAAACUCGACUUUACAUAUCUUCUCUUCAACAAUUCUAUCUUCUUUCAAAAAAUGACCAGCUCUCUUGACGCUCUCAAAGCCACCGGCACCGUCGUCGUCUCUGAUUCUGGAGACUUUGGUUCGAUUGGAGCUUACAAGCCUCAAGAUGCGACUACCAACCCAUCUCUCAUUCUCGCAGCUGCCAAAUUGCCCGCCUACCAAAAAUUGAUUGACGCAGCUGUUGAGUUCGGUAAAGAAAAGGGAGGUGAUAUCGAUGCUCAAGCUGAGAAUGCUAUGGACCGAUUGCUCGUUGGUUUCGGCUCUGAGAUCCUCAAGAUCAUCCCUGGCAGAGUAUCAACAGAGGUCGACGCUAGGUUUUCUUUCGACACUGAAAAGACCAAGGCGAAGGCUUAUCAGAUUAUCGAAUUGUACAAGUCUCUAGGUAUAUCCAAAGACCGUGUUUUGAUCAAGAUCGCUUCAACAUGGGAAGGUAUCCAAGCUGCUAAACAACUUGAACAAGAAGGUAUUCACUGUAACCUUACCCUUUUAUUCGGAUUCGGUCAAGCUGUCGCUUGUGCCGAAGCUGGUGUCACUCUCAUCUCGCCUUUCGUAGGACGUAUUCUUGAUUGGUACAAGAAGUCCACCGGACAAGAAUACACUGCCGAGACUGACCCUGGUGUCAAAUCCGUUCAAGCUAUUUUCAAUUAUUACAAACGACACGGUUACAAGACUAUCGUGAUGGGUGCUUCGUUCCGUAACACUGGGGAAAUCACCGCUUUGGCAGGAUGUGAUUAUCUCACUAUCGCUCCUAAGUUACUUGAAGAGUUGAAAAACUCUACCGAACCCGUCCCUAAGAAACUCGACGCUUCCAACGCUACCUCGUUAGAAAUCGAAAAAGUUUCUUUCAUCAACGACGAGGCUGCUUUCCGUUGGACCUUGUUCGAAGACACUAUGGCUUUUGAUAAGCUUCACGAAGGUAUCAGAGGUUUCGCCAAGGAUGGUCAAACGCUCAAAGAUAUGCUCAAGGCGAAACUUUCCGCUUGAGUCGGAACACAAAGACAUGUGGAUGCCGAGUGUAAAGAUGUAGUGAAAGGAUGCAUCAUCUGACAGAAGAU